GUGGUGAUGGCCUUGGAUUAUUAAGGCUUCCCUUUGGUCCUCUGUCGCCGAGGAGAAUCUCCAGAAGCGUACCAUGUGGCCUUCGUCUGGAAACUCUUCGCAGCCUCAAGCUAUGCGACAAGAGAAGAAGUCGAUAUCUGGGAGUUUUAGGGCAGAGAAUCUCAUACCAGGGGUUGUUAUAGGAUUCAUCAUAGGUAUGAUAUUGGAUUUGUCACAACAAGUGAGAUCCCCAGUGAAAAGGAGUAGACUUUUAUCCAGCAAGAUCCAGAAGCAGAGUUCUGCACCAGGCAAUGGCAGUGACCAAGAGCUGAAAAUGGUCUUGGUAGUUAGGCAAGACUUAAAGAUGAGAACAGGAAAAAUUGCAUCACAGUGUGCACAUGCUGCCACUGGCAUGUAUGCAGAGUUGAUGCAGAGUGACCGAUACCUACUGAGGCGAUGGGAGGAAAACGGGCAACCAAAGAUAGUUGUAUCUUGUAAAAACCAGCAAGAAAUGAAUAAGAUCACAGAGGCGGCUGAGAGCGUUGGCCUCCCGACUUUUGUUGUAGCUGAUGCUGGAAGAACAGAGGUUGCAGCUGGAUCAAGAACAGUUCUUGCAGUUGGACCAGGACCGAAGGAGUUGGUUGAUUCCAUAACUGGUAGGCUGGCUUUACUCUGAUUCGGAGCUUUUUCUUGGCGUAGUUCCUUUGGGAUUUUGAGCUCCCCAGGAUUAAAGUUAAUUCAGGCAAGACAGUGUUGUUGUGUAAUGAUUGAACAAGGUACAUGUCAGAUUUGUUGUUGGUUAGUUUAAUUGUAGUCGUUCUUGUACCGGUUACAGUAUUUGGAGUUGAAUUCAUGUAAAGUUUUCAUUUACGAUUCUGCACUAACAAGUUAUUA